GGACGUGUAUUAUCUUACGCAUACCGACCAGAGGCCAGUACGAACUAGACUUUCUCUCGCAAGGGAUAGGAGACAGUGGGGUGUUUUAUGUACAUUAUGCUUACUCUCGUUAAAGAUAUACCAUGCUUUCUAAGAAGAACUCGAAGCACUCAGCUGCAGAGACGUCUAUUGUGACCGACUUGUCUUCUUAGUAUAGAGACCGGAAUGCCAUCACACCGCACAGGAUUCUCAUGGCUGUUGAGAAGUAUAUCAGGGAAGCUCUGGGUCCCGAUGGUAGUAACACCCGUCCUUCACCUUGCAAGUUCAAGACUAGCUACCCCAAUACUACUAGUAGUAGGAGACCCGGUUCGAAAAGGAAAUAUAUAUAUCCUGAACCAAUCAGACCACAGUCGGUCCCAGUAAUUUCAUUGCGAACCCUUGGCAGUCACCCCAUCUCUUCCUGUGUGCAGCAAAUUCUUGCCUUCCCAUACAACUCGUCUCCAUGGAUCAGAUCACUUCUUGUGUAUUCCAUAAGCUUUACUCCAUACCAAAUCCAGCAACCAGGCAGUGAAAGACAGCCACCAAUCCCACUCCUCGACUCUCCUACCUUCUAUAGAAGGCAACGACUAAUCUCUAGCAAAUCAAAGCAGCGAACCAACCCCCCGUCGAACCCCUACAACCACAACCAAUCUAGGAUCCUCGUCCCAAGAUGAUAUCACGAUGAUCUACCUACACCGAACACAUAUGUAAACCGUGUGGCUGUGGCAGAUGACGUUCCAAACGCAACCUUAACCAGGCUGGAGGUGUGGCUUGACCGAUCGGUACAU